AUGUACAAAAGGCCUAAGCCAGAUGGGAUGGAAUUCACAGACGGUACUGGCAGCCAAAUGAUUAAACAGAAGCAUCCACAGCUUCCAACUCAAGAACUGCACCAGUGCAUGUCUGACCAGUGCAGUGAUAAAAAAUCUUGUACUGUCAAAGAUAUAAAAACUAAGAACUUGGGUGCUCCUGGUGGAGGCAGAGGAGCUGAGCGGGAACCAUGGCCAGUACAGUCCGUAGCAGUUGGACUGACCAUUGCUGCUGCAGGAUUUGCAGGCCAUUAUGCUUUGCAAGCCACGAAGCAUAUGGAGCCUCAAGUAAAACAAGUUUUUCAAAGUCUACCAAAAUCUGCCUUCAGUGGUGGCUAUUACACCUUCAGAGGUGGGUUUGAACCCAAAAUGACAAAACAGGAAGCAGCAUUAAUACUAGGUGUAAGCCUUACUGCCAAUAAGGGAAAGAUAAGAGAUGCUCAUCGACCAAUUAUGCUUUUAAAUCACCCAGACAAGGGAGGAUCUCCUUAUAUAGCAGCCAAAAUCAAUGAAGCUAAAGAUUUACUAGAAGGUCAAGCUAAAAAAUGAAGUAAAUGUAUGAUGAAUUUUAAGUUCUUACUCAUUUAUAUAUAUGAGUACCAGCUCUUUAUAAUAAAAUGCCUCAAAGCUACACAUUUUAAAAAUUAGUAUUAGCUAAAUCAAAGCCUUGGUAUAAAUUUGAGGAUUUAAAAUUGGAUUAUAGAAUAUUUGUAGGUUAAUACUCAAUAAUUAUGGAUA